AAGCAUCAAACUGAACAGAACGGGACACCCCAUUCUUACAUUUCGUGCCCCCAUCAACUAACAACCCUUUCUUCCUCCGAGAGAGAGAGAAUGGCAGCUCCAUCCCGCAAUCCAAGGCCGGGAAUUCAGGGGCUGGAUCAACUCCCCGCAGCCCUAAUCGCGACGAUCAUGACGAAGCUCGACGUCCCCUCCAUCCUAUCACUGGCCUCCACGUGUAAGGCCUGCCGCUCCUGCGCCGCCGAAAUCCUCUCUUUCCUCCCCAAUUUCCAUCUCCCAGAUAUUGCGCCUUCGAUGGAUUUAUUGAGUCCGCUGCUGCCGCCGAGCAACCCCUACCUGCGUAGCUUGAAGGUGGAUUGCACGCGCCUCGACGAUUCGUCGCUAGGCUUUCUCCUCCACCCUUCGUUGCAGGAGCUCUGCCUCCGGAAUUGCGCUGAUUUCAGCGGCAGGCUUUUGUCUGAGCUCGGGCGCAGUUGCAAGGAUCUUAGGUUUCUCUAUUUAAGUUCCGUAGCAGAGAAAAGGGGAAGAUCAGUUGAUGUAUUGCAUCUAGAGGAAAUGCUCACUGGUUGCACUCAAUUGGAAACAUUGAUCCUGAUGUUUGAUGUCUCCAUAUUUCUGCGUCAUAGUUUUGCUCGUGUGUGGGCUCUGGCCUCGUCAAAACUCAUUUCUCUCGAGAUUGAGUAUAUUUCCUCAGUAAUGGUGACAGAACUGCUUAGCCCUGCUGUGGGACCCCACCAGUCAUCAAGUCAUCCCUGGCCAUCCAUAUUGCCUAAUUUGCAGAAGUUAUGCCUUUCUGUGGACUAUAUUACUGACACCAUGGUGAGCACGAUAUCUAAAUGUCUUGUCUCCUUGACCCACCUAGAUCUUCGAGAUAUACCCAUAAUGGAACCUAGAAUGGCGUUUGAUCUCACUAACAAUGGCCUUCAACAAAUUAAUGCGCAUGGUAAACUGAAACACCUUUGUCUGGUGAGAAGUCAAGAGAUUGCUCCUACAUUCUUCAAGCGAGUCAAUGAUCUCGGAAUCCUUCUUAUGGCUGAUAAAUGUUCGGCCAUGGAGAGCAUUUGUCUUGGUGGCUUUUGCCAGGUGACAGAUACGGGUUAUAAAACACUUCUGCAUUCCUGCUCCAAGUUAUAUAUUCUCAGGGUGUUUCAUGGAACUCAUCUUACCGACCUGGUUUUUCAUGACAUAGCUGCGACAUCCCGUUCAAUGACACACGUUAGCCUACGGUGGUGUAAUCUCUUGACAAAUUUGGCUGUCACACGCUUGGCAUCCAAUGCAGAUCUCUCCACUCUUGACUUGCGGGAUUGCAGAAACCUUGGAGACGAAGCUCUUCGAGCUAUCAGUACGCUUCCCAAGUUGAAGACUCUACUUCUUGAUGGUUGUGAUAUAACCGACACAGGUUUAUCCUUCUUAAGCAAAGGUGUGAUGAAUCGCCUGGUUUCGUUGUCUGUGAGAGGAUGCAAGAAACUUACAGACAGAUGCAUCUCUUCCCUUUUUGAUGGAAAUUCUAACCCAGAAUUGAGAGAAUUGGAUCUUUCAAAUCUUCCUAACCUCUCCGAUGCUGCUGUCCUUCUACUAGCAAGAAGCCGCAUCCCAAUAUCUGAGCUACGUAUGAGACAGUGCCCCCUCAUCGGUGACACUUCUGUCAUGGCACUAGCCUCGAUGCAGGUGGAUGAGAACGCGUGGUGUGGCAGUAGCUUGAGGUUGUUGGAUAUCUACAACUGUGGGCGCAUCACUCAACUUGCAUUCCGGUGGUUGAAGAAGCCGUAUUUCCCAAGAUUGAGAUGGUUGGGGGUGACGGGUACCAUGAACAGGGAUAUAGUCGAUGCUCUGGCAAGAAGCAGGCCGUAUAUGCACGUUACUACUCAGGGCGAGGAGCUAGGGAUGGAACAGUGGGAUAACAUGGAGGAUGCUCAUUUGCAAGACUACGACGACGUGGACGAGUUUGAGGAGUGGCUUCUGGGAGAAGAAGAGGAAGAAGAAGAAGAAGAAGAAGAAGAAGAAGAAGAAGAAGAAGAAGAGGAAGAAGAAGACAUGAGUGAUGCUGAGAUGGAAGAUGCUGUUGGACAUGAGCCGUGAUGGAUCUGUUUGAAUGAUUAUUGUUAGGUGAAUAAUCAACUUAUUCCUCAUGCUAACUAUUUAUCAACUUAUGCUCGUUUUGUAUUUGUAAGAUUAUGUGUGAAUAUUUAUUUUUGUGAUAAUUGUUGACAUUUGAGUUUAUAA